AUGUCUUCGCAAGCAAUUGGUAUUGACUUGGGAACAACUUCAUCUUGUGUUGGUGUAUAUCAAAAUGGAAAAGUAAAAAUAUUAACUGAUAGCCAUGGAAAUAGUCGAAUACCGUCAUAUGUUGCAUUUACACAGACUCAGAAAUUAGUUGGUGAACAAGCCAAAAUUCUUGCAAUAAAAAAUCCGUUUAAUACAAUAUUUAAUGCCAAAAGAUUAAUUGGAAAAACAUACAAUGAUCCAACAGUGCAGGCUGAUAUGAGAUAUUGGCCAUUUAGAAUAAUUAACGAUGAUGGAAAACCGAAAAUACAGGUUGAAUACAAAUAUGAAACAAAAAUAUUUACACCAGAACAAAUAUCAUCGAUGAUAUUAACGAAACUAAAACAAAUUGCUGAAUCUUAUUUAGGUAUGUUUUUUUCAAACUAAAACACGCUAGUGAGAGAUUUAACAGAUAGAAAAUGAAUUGAAACUAUCAUCGUUAUACGACGACUGAAAAAUAUAUUGUAAACAGAAAACUCAUCACAUUUUCGACUGUAUAAAGCAACUUUGUAGAAAUAACAGAGCAGAAACCAGUAAAGUAGAGUGUGGCCACUUACGAGAGAACCUCCUGAGGUGCUAAAAACCUUUUUGA